AUGGGUCGCAAGAAGAAGUUUGUGGACAAGAAGAGCGCGGCGUCGUUCACGCUCAUGUACCGCGAAUCCAACGACCCCGACGCGCCCGGUGAGCGCGUCUUCGUGCGCACCGACGCCGGAAGCAACCAUGUUCCGGGAUUCUCGGACGACUACCAGCCGCCGAUCCCGGAAAACGCGGAGGAUUUUAGCGGCGAGGAGUGGGAGGAGGAGGAUGAUGAGGAUGAGGAAGAGGGGGAGGAGGGGGAGGGGGAGGGAAGAAGCGUCGCCGGGAGCAGGAGGUCCCGAGCGCAGUCGCACGCUGUCGCACGCGCGACUGAUGGCGACGACGCGGCCUCGGUCGCGGGCCGAUCGCACGCGAGCACGAGGCGCGGUGGAGGGAGAGGGCGCGACUUAUGGGCGGGCCUGGGGUUGGGCGGGCCGCCCGGGUGGGAUGGGGGGAGCGUGAUGGGAGGAGGAGGAAGCGUGGCCGGCGGGCAGGGCAAGAAAAAACUCACCGAGAGCGCCCGUCGCGAAAUUAUCGAAUUAGGGUUACCCGACGACGGGUACGACUACACGCAGCACCUUCGGGUGAUCGGGCAGACGAGGACGUUCGCGUCGUUCGUUCCCGCCGAGGCUCCCGCGGCCGCGCUUCCCGACGACGUAAAGAUAUAUAAAGCCACGCGCCUUACCGUGCGGCCGGACACGUCGGCUGCCACGACAGCAGCCGCCGACGCGCCGGUUGCUGACCUGGAGGUCGUGGCAAAGAUCUCCUCCGUCAUCAAGGAGAUUCGGCCGAAGCGCGGAUUCCCCGCCGCCGCGCCGCCCGCCCGCGCAGCUCAAAGUGCAGCGCCAGCUUCCGCGGGAGCGCAAGCAGGCGAUUCCGCAGGCGGGGAGGGCAGCGCAAACUACUUAGGCGUUUCAGGGCUCGAUCCGGAGGUUUUAGCGCUGCUAGAAGGGGACGGGGGAGAGGGGGAAGCGGGGGAGGGGGAGGAGGGGGAAGAUGUUUUCGGGGAGCUAGAAGAUGACUUUGUUUUGCUGGCGACGGCGGGGGGGGAGGAGGAGGAGGAGGAGGCGGAGGAGGCGGAAGAUGCGGAAGGUAGGUUGAACGAGGCAGCGGGGGAAGGGGAAAGUGUGAGGUUGGCGGAAGAAGCUUCCGGUGUGGGUGCGGCAGGGGACACGGUCAUUGCGCCAGGCGUGGAAAGCUUAACAAGCGGGGUUGAGGGUUCGGGGGUUAAAGGAGAAAGCUGGAAGCUUGGCGGGGAAGCGGCGGUGGGCGCGGAGGCGCAGCGGAGGGAAGCAGCGGUGGGCGGGGAGGAAAUGCGGCGGAGGGCGGAAGAGGAGGCUAAGAGCCGCGCUCAGGCGGAGGAGAACCUGAGAGCGCUGGAGGAACAAGUGAUGCUGCUGGCUGAGCGGGAAUACGCGGAUGCUGACGUGGACGACUUCUCAGAUGACGAGGACGGGGACCACCGGGGCGGCGGAGGGGGGUCCGCAGCGGGGCAUGCGGAUAUUUCCAUGUUCAGCAACGUGCUGGACGACUUCCUGGAAGCUUCCCGGCGGGAGAGCCUGCUGGAGCUGCAGAGGGGGGGCGCGGUUGUGCGGAUGGGGAAGGGGGAGGGCGGGGGAAAAGGGGAGAGCGGGGAGAGGGGAGAUAGUGGGGGAGCAAAGGAGGUGAAGGAGGGGGGCGAAGAGAAUGGAGAGGAAGAAAUUGUGGCUAUUCCUAUUGUGCCUGGUGGGGGAGAUAGGGUUGGGAAGGGAGGGGACACGAAAGAGGAAGAAGAGGAAGAGGAGGAGGAGGAAGAGGAGGAAGAGGAAGAGGUGGAAUAUAUUUCGGAGGAGGAGGGCGAGGAGAGGGAGAGGGGCAAGUGGGACUGCGAGUCGAUAGUCUCUACCUACUCAAACCUAGACAACCACCCUGCACGAAUCUCCGCCCCUUCCAAUCCCCGCAGAAAGGGGAGCAGAGCGGGAGAGGCGGCGGCGGGAGGAGGGGGAGUGGCCGGGGGGGGUGGUGGGAGGAUUGGGGUGGAGGAGAUUAGAUUGAAGGGGAGAGCGCAGCUGCCUGCUGGGUUUGUGCCGGGGAGAGUGGGGAGAGUGGGGAGAGAGGGGAGGGAGGGGGAGGAGGAGGGGAGAGGGAGUGGCACGGGGGGUGGGUUGCAGGGGAUUGGGGAGGAUGAGGAAGGGGCGGGGGAGGGAGGGGGGGGUGUUGUGUUUGUGCGGCCGAGAGGGAAGGAGAAGGAGACGCCUGAAGAGAAGAAAGCACGCAAGCCAACCACUCUGGGUUACCCAUCGCUUCUCACUCAACCUCUUUCCACCGCAUCCAACCUCUAUCUGCCACAUCUUGUGCAGGAAGCUGUGAAGGCUCAGAAGCGGGCGGCGAGGGAGGCGAAGAAGCAGACAAAAGAGAUGUACAAAGUGGAGGGCAAGAAGGCUCAAAAGGGUGCGGCAUCCACUGUUGCACAAGGCAUACAUUUACUGUAG